GGGGACAAGCUAGCUGCAAAGAUGAGCCCCACCCCUGCUGAGAAGAGGCACUUUAUAAAGUAAGAUUCCCAAAGACAGCCCGGCACAGUACCUCUCUCUCCAGUAGAGAUGGCUAGCAGAAAAACCAAGAAGAAGGAAGGUGGUGCCAAACGUGCUCAAAGAGCAUCCUCUAAUGUUUUCUCCAACUUUGAGCAGAGUCAGAUCCAAGAAUUUAAGGAAGCUUUCACAUUAAUUGAUCAGAACAGAGAUGGAUUCAUAGAUAAAGAAGACUUGAAAGACAUCUAUGCUUCUUUGGGUAAAACAAAUGUAAAAGAUGAGGAGCUAGAAUCCAUGCUCAAGGAAGCCACUGGACCCAUUAAUUUCACAAUGUUUUUGAAUCUCUUUGGAGCAAAGCUACUAGGGGUGGAUGGGGAAGAGACUAUACUAAAUGCAUUCAAAAUGUUUGAUCCAGAUGGUAAAGGACACAUUCACAAAGACUACUUAAAACGCAUGCUGAUGACACAAGCUGACAAAUUCACUGCUGAAGAGAUAGACCAGAUGUUCAAGAGUUCCCCAAUUGAUGCCGCAGGAAACUUGGACUACAAGUCUUUCUGCUACACUAUCACACAUGGAGAGGAAAAGGAAGAAUAAAGAGUGCACUCUUGUUAACUGCACUAAAUUCUCACAUUGGGUUAAUAAAUAAAAAUUGAACUAAUUUUUUAUUUUUCAGCUGAAGCGAUGACUCAAUUACCCCUACACUGGGGGACAAUUUUGACUUGAAAGUUCCUUGAAGAGGGAAGAGAGUUGGCUUUAGAUUGGCCUUUGGAAAAUGGAGCCCUACCCUGAAUGGUUAAUUUGAAUUAAGUAUUGUAAACUGGGUUAUAAGCAGAAAAGUGCUCUCUCUGGAAGGGCAUCUUAAAUCUUUGCUAGCCACCGCUCUUUCACUAUAAUUGGGUUCAGAUCAAAAGUGUUAUUUAAUCCACAUGAUUAUGUGCUGCAUUGAGUUUAUCUAGUUGAAUUUACUGCUCUUUCAUAGCAGGAACAACAUCUGUUUGUCUGACCUGCAGUGUGCUGGAGAUCAGACUAGAUGAUCCGUCUAGCCUUAAAGUCUAUGAACCCACAAGUUGAAACCAUUUUAUCUUUAAACUAAUUCAUCUAGUCUCACAAGAGAGUCAGGAUUUCUUCAAAUGUAGUGAAAAUUGUGUUAGCAUCCAUGUAUGACUGAACACAAAUACUUUUCUGCAUAAUACCAGGUUUGUAUGUCCUCCUCUCUGAUGCGCAAGUAGAUUUCUUACUAAAGGCCAUGAAUUCAGAAACAUAUAGGAGCACAUGGUUCUAAGUUAUUUAACAUGGGGGACCAGAGAUACUUGGCUGAAGUGGGAAAAGAAUGGAUUAAAAAUAUAAAAUGCACUUUACAGAUUAAGCCUCUGGCCAAAAAAAAUUAGUAUUCCAAGUAGAUGUAUCCCAUUAAAUGAAGUAAGAUUCCAGUUUACAGAUGCGAACAUUAAAGAUGGAGCAAUAAUAUUUUUCAAGAAAAUUAAAACCAAAAACACAUAGCAUUGCUUUGAUUUAAUCUGAACAGAAAUAGGUUAGAUGUUUUUAUUUUUAACUGAUCUGAUAUUAUUACAAAUGUCAAUUGCAUAGCAGCAUUCAAACCAGAGACAAAACAGAACUAUAACUGCUUUUAUCAGAUCUCACACUCAACAAUGUGCAACAUAAUACACAACCUCACUAUAAACCAGAUAGAAAAACCCAAACAGAAGUCCUCAACAAACUGAUAUUCCCUAAGACACACCCCUUCAGAAUAGGGUGCAUAACACUAACUGCUACAUUUUGGUACUAAAAUGCACCAUACUAAAAGGAGAAUGCUUUCAAGGCCAUUUAAACUGCAUUGAUUUGUUCAAAUUAUUUUCAGUAAGAUUUAUUCUGCUCAUUUGCAAUUGUGUUAUUAAAAGCAAACAUGAUUCCUCAGAUAGCUGUAAAUAGAGAAGUAUCAGGCACGGACAUUUCACAAUGAAAGCUAAUGACUAUGUAGCCUGGAGACUUCUUCAGGGGAAAGGUGUGCCUGCUGCACCUGACCCAAAGCAUCAACUCAGUUCCCCACAUAGAAGAGGGUGAGGGAAUCAACAAAACAGGGUUCUCUUCCACCUAGGCACUGCAACUCCUCCUACCACGUGAGUUCCUGUUGUUCUCUCCUGGGGCUGUGCAGCCAAUGGGAGUUACCAUACUCAUUCCCUGGGCAGCCUGGAGACAGGGAAAGGGUGGUCCCUAAAUCAUGUUUCCAGCUGUAGACUGUUGCCAAGGAGUUCGCCCUGG